AUGUUGAAGAUCGGGGCGGUUAAAGGUUUCAUAGAAAGGGCCAGCUAUCUCGAAAAAUGGGGCCAACAAGUUAAGACAUCCAACAACGGACAAUAUUUAUUGGUCGACGAAGGACUGACACCUGAAAUCCACAGAACCGGGCCAUGGCUUCGGAUAUAUCUCAUCCUACGGAGUAACUACUGCAAUGCGGCUUCUGUGAUGCCGGUCACGGAUUCACAAGCACUCUCCCUAUUCCUAAACAUCAUGAGAUGGCAGCACAGUUUCAAGCUUUCUCCUCAGACAGCAACCUACCUUAUCGGAGCAACCCUAGGAAGUGUCACUGGUGGCUCUCUUGUUUACCAACUCGGACGGCAGUGGACUCGGCGGCUAGUUGUCAUCGUCAACUGCUACACCUCAUAA